CACUGCAGUGAAAAUACAGCAACAGAUUUUAAAAAAUGAAUCUUUUGAACAUUGGAUCUAAAAUCACUGAUUUGCUUGACAUGACCAUCAUCAAUUUUAUUUUCAAGCAGGAAAAGUUAAAUAAUGUCAUGGACUGCAUAGUUUUAUAUAUAAAUCAUCUGUUUGUAAUGUUUGGGUCAAGUAGUAAUUCUUUUUUUGUGUGUUUAUUGGUUUCAUUCUCGUAGCAUUGACCUGCUUUGACAUAUAUUGAUGAGGAUUUAUUUAAUGGUCAAAAAUAGACGUCCACACUUUGUGUCAUGUUGGGCAUGACUCUUAAUGUGAGAAAGGAACAAUUCUUACCUUUUUAAAAAACGAACCGUUUAUAAUAGGCUAUAAAACCAGUGGCAAACCCAUUUCUUGACAAAAAAAGUAGUUGCUCACUAGUUGCAAGGUUUUAUUAUUAAACAGUGUCCUCCAUAGCUUGGCUAAGCUAAUCACGUUUACCUUAACAAGUUUUCUAUGGAUUUACUACCAUCUGCUGGUCCUUUUAAAGAAAUGGAAACACUUACAACCAGCAGUGUAAUUUAAAGAUAGGAAUUUGGUGUGAUAGCGAUGAUAAACACGGUCGGGAAAUUGAUAUUUAAUUUAGAAAAUAUUAUGUUAGUAGAUUUAUUUUGUAAUAUGACUGGACAAAGUAAAAAAUCGAAGAAAAUUUGCCCUUCCUUCUGUAUCUUUUUUAUUUCCGGUUUUGUGUUUUGGAUCACAACUUCCUGUUCCGCCAUGUCCACGCCUCUCUGUCGAUUCAAGAUGCAAAGGCUUGGCAACAGUACGUCAUGGUGGCAGCAGCGUGGUGAGCGAAGGAAGAUACAUACCAGAUGGGGAUUGUGUAAUGAUUCUUCACCGAUGACUACGGCAUGUUGGGGUAGACCCUCUCAUGUUGAACUCCUGCUCCUGGAGGUGGCCGCUCUUUGAAUUUGGCUCCGGCCGCGGGGCACAUGCGCAGUGCGCAGCGUGCUGCCUUCAGUCAGCGGAGCAGCUGUCCAGGGUUUGGAAUUCCAACAUGGCAGAGGCUGUGGUCAGUCUUCGCCUCACUAACUUGGAAUGGUUUCAAAUCGCGAGCAGCCGCGCGUAACGCCAGCCACCCUCUCACCGCCGCACUCACCGAAUCGAUGUCACGGUAAACCGCGUCGCUGCCCGGUCACCGACACAGGCUCGAAGACAUGAUCACUAGCAGCAGUAUUUAUGGUCUAAAGAUGCAGUGGACCCCGGAGCACACACAAUGGGCCGAGCAACACUUUGACAUCUCGUCCACUACCCGCUCACCAGCACACAAAGUAGAAGCCUACAGAGGGCACUUGCAGAGAACAUACCAGUACGCUUGGGCCAACGAUGACAUCUCUGCACUGACUGCCUCAAAUCUGCUGAAGAAAUACGCAGAAAAGUACUCUGGGAUCCUAGAGGGCCCAAAUGAAAGAGCCCUGCUGUGUUCCUACUCUGAGAGCAACACCGGACUCAUGAACGGACGAAAGUCAGAGAAUGAGUCCUGGCAGGAGGGGAUUUACCCAAUGAACUGUGCUCCAGAUGUUAUAUCUGUGAGCAAAGCUGGAAUGACAGCUGCCUUACCCCCUACAGAUGUGUCGGCCAGUAUAGGCAGCUCCCCGGGGGUGGCCAGCAGCCUGUCUGAGCCCAGCUAUUCCAGCAGUAACUGUGGGAGCCACACAGCCACCACUCUCCACUCGGGCCUCUCCUCUCAGGAAUACACUGCCGCUUACAACGGCUCCUACUUACAUUCUAGUUACAGUGGGCAGAACACCCCAGCUCUCCCCUCCCCGCAUCCUUCUCCUUUGCACAGCGCUGGGCUCUUACAGCCACCGCCUCCCCCUCCUCCCCCGUCCUUAGUGCCAAGCUACAACACCGGGUCUCCGAACCUCCCAAACUACAACUAUCCUCCGACAGGUUACCCUUCCCAGACUGCUGUUGGCCCUGGUUACAGCCCUGGGGGAGCGCCUCCUCCUUCUGCUUAUCUGCCAUCCGGCAUUGCGGCCCCCACACCAAUCCCCCCUUCCACACUGCCUGGCUACACCUACCAGUCCCAUAAUCACACACCAAUUGCACUAACACCUUUGAACGGCAGCACAUCCAACUCGUUAAAACGGAAAGCUUUCUACAUGAGCGGACAUGGAGAUAUGGACUCUAGCUACGGCAACUUCAAUUACAGCCAACAGCGCUCUUCACACAGCCCAAUGUACCGAGCACCAGACAGCAGUGUCACAGACUCUAACAGAGGCAACGGCUUCGAGAGAAAUACUGAAGCGUUCAAACCAACGAAACAAACGAUGUCUUCUGAUCAAAGAAAAUUCAGCAUGCACUCCGGCCGAGCGUUGACUCCUCCGUCGUAUAGUUCCACCAAAAGCUCUGUGGGCGACCUCAGAACCGCAGAGCCCUACGGCAAGUUUGGAUCACCGAUUAUGAGUGAGCAAACUGAAGAGCACAGACAGCAUCUCGCUCAUUCGCUCGGCACGGCUACCUCAUCUGUCCACGCUGCGGAGGAGCAGCUAAAAAACAGUGAUUCCAACUUGGUGGAGAUGGUAACCAGUGAAAUCCUUCAGCAGUGCCCUCCUGUGGACUGGAGUGACAUUGCAGGUCUAGAUAUGGUUAAAGCUGCCAUCAAAGAGGAGAUACUAUGGCCGAUUUUAAGGCCAGAUAUGUUUAGCGGACUUGCCACCUUUCCCCGGAGCCUCCUUUUGUUUGGACCUCAGGGAACCGGCAGAGCACUCCUGGCCCGCUGCAUGGCUAGCCAACUUGGGGCUGCUUUCUUGAGACUCAACAGUACAAGUCUGGUUACAAAAUGGUUGGGGGAAGGGGACAAAAUCAUCCAGGCUUCAUUCCUGGUGGCCCGUUGCCGGCAGCCGGCCGUGGUGUUCAUCAGCGACGUGGACCUUCUGCUGUCGGCCCAGCUCAGCGAGGAAAGCCCGGUGAAUCGCCUCAAGGCUGAACUUCUCAUGCAGCUUGACAGUGUUCUGACCUCCGCUGAGGAACAUGUCCUGGUGGUGUGCUCCACCAGUAAGCCUGAAGAGAUCCCAGAGUCCCUUCGGAGGUACUUUACCAAGCGGCUGCUCAUCCCCUUGCCCGAUGGAACGGCACGACACCAGAUAAUCAGCCAGCUGCUCUCGCAGAAUAACUACUGUCUGAGUGACAAAGAGAUGUCACUGCUGGUUCAGAGGACAGAGGGCUUUUCAGGACUGGACGUGGCCCAGCUUUGUCAGGAGGCUCUAGUGAGUCCUCUCCAUGGUAUCGCUGGUACUGACCUGUCAAUUCAUCCGAGUCAAAUGAGACUCGUCUCUUACCAAGACUUUGACAACGUGUUUUGCAAAUUUCAGCCGAGCAUAUCACAAAAAGAACUUGACAUGUACACCGAGUGGAACAAAAUGUUUGGUUGCAGUCAAUGAAAAAAAAAAAAGGAACGAAAAUUCUUGAAUCUUUAAUGUGUAUUUGGCCUUCAGUGAACAAUACAAAGAGUGGCGACAUACAGCGAGAGGAUUGUCCUGGAAAAUUAGACCUUUGUAAUCACUAAAUAACUGCUUUAUGUGGCUGAAGCCAUCGCCCUUAUGCUACGUGUAAAGGCCGCCCCCCCCUCACCUUUUGUACAUAUCUAUACAUAUAUAUAUUAAAAUAUAUAUACUGUUCUGCUGAUCUUGAGAUUUAGUUGCUAUCAAGUGCCUGAGGUGGUGCUCUUUUCUUUAGUUUUUUUUUUUUGCCUCACGACCUUCAUCGCGACAUGUCGAUAUAAAAGCUUUAAAACGAGACAAAACACGCUUUUUAUUCUUCGACCAUUCGAACGGUGUUCAACGGUUGUGUCAAUCUUAGCGCUCUCUGUUGUGUUGUGGUUAUUUUUUAGAUUAAUUCGAUGCAUUUGCGAAAAAAA